AUGAGAUGGUCAGUGAGGGAUACUUUGGUUGAAGUAUGUCGUCAUAAUAUGUUGUCAACAACUAAAUUCCUUACUCGUGUAUCGAGUUUCACAUACCGUCAAUUUGCCACUGCUACCGUUGUCAAGUUCAACGGUACUGGCAGACCAGAAGAGGUUUACAAGGUUGAAAAAGAGAAUGUUGCAGACAAUGUUUCAGCCAAUGAAGUUUUGGUCGAAAUGAUUCAUGCUCCAAUCCACCCAGUCGACAUUAACUUGGCUGAAGGAACCUAUGGAGUCAAGGCCAAGACUAACUCUGUCGCUGGUUCAGAGGGUGUUGGUAUCGUCAAAAAGGUUGGUACCUCUGUCCAAGGUCUCAAGCCAAAUGACUAUGUCGUCCCCAUUUUAUCAUCAUCUGUUGCUGGAACAUGGAGAACACAAGGAGUAUUUAGCGAAAAGCAAUUAUAUAAGGUACCAGCUGACAUCCCAACCGAAUACUUGUCAGCUGUAACCAUCAACCCAUGCACAGCCUACAGAUUACUCGAAGACUUUGCCAAGCUCAAGGCUGGUGACGUUGUCAUCCAAAACGGCGCCAGCAGCAUGGUUGGUUUGUCGGUCAUCCAAAUGUGCAAGGCUCGUGGCAUCAAGACCAUCAAUAUCAUCCGUCGUUCAAGCGACUAUGACGAGACUGUCGAUCGUUUAAAGAAGCUCGGUGGCGACAUUGUCGUCUCUGAAGAGUAUGUCCGUACACCCGAGUAUGCCCGUUUGGUCGCCGAUCUCCCACGUCCACGUCUUGCCCUCAAUGCCGUCGGUGGAGACUCUGCCACCGAGUUGGCCCGUAACGUCGCCGACGGCGGUGCCCUCGUCACCUAUGGCGGUAUGUCCCGUCGUCCAGUCACCGUGCCAACUGCCCACCUCAUCUUCCGUAACGUGUCAGUCCACGGAUUCUGGUUGACUCGUUGGGUCGAACAACACUCACAAGCCGAGAUCUCUGCCAUGUACGAACAUAUCUUUGGUUUGAUCAGAGACAAAAAAUUAAAAUUGUGGUUGGAGAAGCAUAAAUUUAGCGAUUUCAAUAAUGCCUUGCUUCGUUCCCAAGAACCAGGAAAGGGUAGAAAGAUUAUUUUAGAUUUACAAUUUAGAAAAACAGAAAAGAGAAAUUAA